CUUUAUUCAUCACUUAUUCAAUCAAUUAAUUUGUGUUUAAUCAACGCUCAACAAAUGACUGUUUAAGAAACGGUUGUAUUCAAUAAAUUCUACGGAUGGGAUAUACAUUGACAGUGAUAUUGAUAUAUAUAAUGAUAGAAAUUGAUGGAUUCCCUGUUGACACUUCAGAAGAAUAUUCAAAAAAUUUACUCUUACGACAACUCUUAAACUUUCAACUACCAAAAGAUUCAAAUUUUCAUUCUAUCAGUAGUUUAUCACCAACUGCAUGGAAUCCAACAUGGUCUGCUUUAUUAUGGUCAACAUGGUCCGAAUGGGAAAGAUGUACACAAAAUAAACAUUGUAAAAAUCACUAUAAUAAUAAUAAAUCGGAAAUUAUUGAGAAUUUGUUAUUUCGAGAACGAAUAUGUCAAUUUCAGUCAAUGAAUGAACAAUUGUUAUGGUCACAAGCAAUGAUUAAAGGUGUUAAUUUAUCUGGUGAUUUAUCUACUUGCUCAGAAGAAGGUUUGAUUCAAACUGAUAUCAAACAUUGUCAGGAUUUGCUUCAAUGUAUCUACAAAACUUCAUCCAAAAAUCAUUCCUUCCAUUCAUUGUCAAAAUCAAAUGUUAAAAGCUUGCCUUCUAAAUGUGGAGAAAAUGGAUGUGAUUUUACAGAUACCACUGAAAAUAAAAUCAACAUGGAAGAUGAUCGGACCACGGAAAGACAUUCAGAACGCAGUGAAAUUUGGGGACCAUGGACAGCAUUGCAACAGUGCUCAGCAAUUAUUCCUACAAUUGAUGAACUACCAGAAGAAUAUCCCUGGGAAUUAAUGCUCAAUUUAACUCGGGCACCAGCUGGUAGAAGAUGUGAACCAGGAUUACAACUUCAAAUCCGAAAGUUACUAAAUGAAUCUAAUUCCAUAAAAGAGUACGAAAAUCCUCAAAAUGAACAGAAGUUACCACUAGAAUCAACAACGAUAACAACAGCAACAAUAAGUGAAACACGUAAAAUUCACUGUUGGAUAAAUGAAGCAUGUCAUACAUCCGAUGUGAAAGUUGAACCACCAACUACAUGCUUUUUUCAAGCUAUACAUCGUAGUCCAUCUGCACAAGUUAAAUGGCGUCGAACACCAUAUGGUCGUAUACCAUCUCAUUUUGAAGUACAUGUUUUAGAUCUUAUAAAUUCUGUUCAUUACCGAAAAUCUGAACUUUAUGUUGAAGAAGUUAAAUUAAACAAAUUAGAUCCAUGGGGAGAAAAUUAUGUUGUAGAAAUAUUUGGUCUAAAAAUUGGUCAACCAUAUGAAAUUAGUAUUGCAUCUGCUGAUGAAAUGAGUAAUUUAUAUUUUUCAAAAUCUUGUGAGGCAGUAGUCAUUAUUGGAGCCGGUGAUGGUUCAUGGUCGAGAUGGUCAAAUUGGAGUAACUGUAAUUCAAAAUGUGCAUCGAAAUUGGGCACACGUAGUCGAUAUAGAAAAUGCAACUCACCAGCACCUAGAAAUGGUGGUCGUGUAUGCCCUGGUCCAGAACAAAUGAACUUUGAAUGCUUUGGAACUAAUAUUAAUUGCUAAAUAAAGAUUAACUUUACUUUUUUCUAAUUCUAAAAA